AACUCACUAACCCUCCAAGUUUUGUACAGUACGUAGCGUAAUCAAAGAUGGCAGAGAGCGAGGAUGUUCAACCACUCGUCUGUGACAAUGGUACUGGAAUGGUUAAGGCGGGGUUUGCCGGAGAUGAUGCACCUCGGGCUGUGUUUCCGAGCAUUGUUGGGCGACCGAGGCACACCGGCGUGAUGGUGGGAAUGGGGCAGAAAGAUGCAUAUGUUGGGGAUGAAGCCCAAUCCAAAAGAGGUAUCUUGACUCUCAAGUACCCAAUUGAACAUGGGAUCGUGAACAACUGGGAUGACAUGGAGAAGAUUUGGCAUCACACCUUCUACAAUGAGCUCCGCGUGGCCCCAGAAGAGCACCCAGUUCUCCUAACCGAAGCCCCUCUCAACCCAAAGGCCAACCGCGAAAAGAUGACCCAAAUCAUGUUCGAGACCUUCAACACCCCUGCAAUGUACGUCGCCAUUCAAGCUGUGCUUUCUCUCUACGCCAGUGGUCGCACCACUGGCAUUGUGUUGGACUCUGGGGACGGUGUGAGUCACACUGUCCCAAUCUACGAAGGAUACGCUCUCCCCCACGCCAUCCUGCGUAUCGAUUUAGCGGGCCGUGAUCUCACUGACAAUCUGAUGAAAAUCUUAACCGAGCGUGGGUACUCAUUUACCACAUCAGCGGAGCGUGAAAUUGUGAGGGACAUGAAGGAGAAGCUGUCAUAUAUAGCUCUAGAUUUUGAGCAGGAACUGGAAUCGUCGAAAACUAGCUCUUCCGUGGAGAAGAGCUACGAGCUGCCGGACGGGCAGGUGAUCACCAUCGGCAAUGAGCGUUUCCGGUGCCCGGAGGUGCUUUUCCAGCCUUCCAUGAUUGGAAUGGAAGCUGCUGGCAUUCAUGAAACUACAUACAACUCAAUCAUGAAGUGCGAUGUGGACAUCAGGAAGGAUCUUUAUGGAAAUAUUGUCCUUAGCGGUGGCACCACCAUGUUCACUGGGAUUGCUGAUAGAAUGAGCAAGGAAAUCACUGCCUUGGCUCCAAGCAGCAUGAAGAUCAAGGUUGUUGCUCCACCUGAGAGGAAGUAUAGUGUCUGGAUUGGAGGCUCCAUUUUGGCAUCUCUGAGUACUUUCCAGCAGAUGUGGAUUGCAAAGGGGGAGUAUGAUGAAUCUGGUCCGUCCAUUGUCCACAGAAAGUGCUUCUAAAUUUCAUAUCAUCUCUACACUUUUUUGUGCUAAACAUAUAUAGUUUCAAUUUUUAUUUCCCUGUCGUUUUGCUGGAAAAAUUUGCACAAAAAUCCCGGUGUAAAUUUUUGAACUGUGUUUAUUUUUUGAACCUUUACAUUUGAUAUUCUGAGUAAAAUUUUCCAUAUUUUUAUUAUGUAAUGCAUAA